AUGGUUUAGACAAGUCGUAACUUUUCCGCUUUCCAAGCGUUUCUGUUCUUCUUCUUCAUCCCAUGAACCUUCUUCAUCAUCUCCACGCCCUACCAAGCGAUCUAAGGUUAAGAUCGAUGCAUCCGCUAUUGAAUAUCCAUUUAUUCGAAGAUGACUGUCUGUCGGUGAUGUUAUCUCUGCUCCAGUUGUUGUAUCGUCGGCCAGAUUUAGGAUCUUGGACUUGGUCGCUCUUCUCAGGAGAUUGUUGGUCGUUUUCUCCGAUUCUAGUAUUCACCUAACGUUAAGAAGAACAUAUAAUUCAUGGAUAUCACUUUGAUGAAAAGGUAACAACGUAUAACCCUAAUACCAAAUUAUUAAUUCAUAACCAGAUCGUCAACAUUGAAACCCAAAUGGUUUAUACUUUUUUCUCUGUUGAUCCAUGGAUUCUAUCUGCACGUCUUAAUGAAUACCAUGGAGCUUUACGAGCAGGUGCCAUUGUGAAAGUUGGUGGCUUCGAAGUUGGUCGUUGCACUAAUAUGUACAAGAGAACGGAUAGCCCUUUCAUCUUCCAACCAAAUCCCAAAGUUUUUGGAGGUAAUCUCUAUCUGAACUCCACCCCGGCUACCAAAUUUUAUUUGGACACCAACAUCCUUGCCAUCGAAGCUUUCACCAAUAGGCUUUCCCACGUACAUGUUUCAAUAGCAGGCCUCCACACGUACAUAGCCACGUCAAACAACCAGACCCAGAAAGCUAACUUCCUUUUUAAAGCUUGGAAGUAUGCUACAACAGAAUGGUUGGUCGUACGUUUCUUGCACCGGUUGCAGCAGGGAGUUGGACAAAUCAUGGACUGCACUAUACCGCAACAAAUGUGUAUCACCCAAGAUCGCCGGGGUUUUAAGGUUAAUGGCAGUGGAGGGUAUGAGCUUUCAAGCUGCCUUGCGGAUCUUGAUGGGCAGCAGUACCUUUUCCAAAUUCGGAUAACGCCCUAUAAUUUCACUCCCAGACACCGGACCUUCACAGUGUCUGCAAUCAGUGAUGAUAUUUGUUCCUAAAACUCAGUCAGAGGUAGGCUACGUGAGG